AUGACUAUGGGGGAAAUCAUAAGGAUAGGGGGCAGGAGAUCUAAACUUGCAGUCGUGCAGUCGACAAUUGUCAAGCAGCUCAUAGAAAUUGAAUUUCCAGAUUACGAAUGUCCCAUUUUAGCAUUGCAAACGUUUGGGGAUCAAGUUCAGUUCAAACCUUUGUAUUCAUUUGGAGGAAAAGCUCUUUGGACCAAGGAGUUGGAAGAUUUACUUUACGAUGAGGAUCCUGCAAGAAGGAUUGAUUUGAUUGUCCAUUCGUUGAAGGACAUGCCUACAUUAUUACCUGACAAUUUUGAAUUGGGCGGUAUAACUAAAAGAGUCGAUUCCACUGACUGCCUUGUCAUGGCAAAAGAUUCUGAAUACAAAACAUUAUCUGAUUUACCUACUGGUAGUGUUGUUGGUACUUCAUCUGUUAGGAGGUCGGCCCAAUUAAAGAGAAAAUUUCCGGGUUUAAAGUUCGAGAGUAUUAGAGGUAAUAUUCAUACUAGAAUAAAAAAAGUUGAUGAUCCAAGCACUCCUUUCAAAUGUAUUAUAUUAGCCUCAGCAGGUCUAGUUCGCAUGGGAUUGGAACAUAGAAUAAAUGAAAGAUUUGAUUCAUCGGUGAUGUAUCAUGCAGUAGGUCAGGGUGCAUUAGGUAUUGAAAUUAGGAAAAAUGAUAAGAGGAUAGCAAAAAUUCUAGAGCGAGUCACCGAUUUCGAAACAACAGUAUGCUGCUUAGCUGAGCGUGCCUUAAUGAGAACAUUAGAAGGGGGUUGUUCAGUCCCAAUCGGUGUCGAAUCAUUUUACAACCAAGAGACAAAAACAUUGUUAUUAAAAGGUAUUGUCGUUAGUGUGGAUGGUAAGCAGAGCAUUGAAGAUCAGCAAGAGAUGAUUAUCAAUAAUGUCAAGGAAGACUCCAUGGCUUGUGGUAAACUUUUGGCUGAAAAGAUGAUGGCAGAUGGUGCAAAAAAAAUUCUGGACGAGAUAAAUUUCGAUAAAGUCGAGCAGGAAAAUUUCAACUGA